AUGCCACACACAUUUUUGUCCCAACCCCAGCUGUCACACCUGCUCGCUUCUUUUAUGCAAAUUACACCAUGGGUUAACUAUGUCCGACGAUUUUCAUUCACCACAUCGCACACACCUGCCCCGGAGCAAAUUAUACCCAAUGAAGCCAACCGUGAAACUGAUGCAUUGCUGUACAACGAACUUUACAAUGGAGGCAAAUGUCUGACCCAACAUAAGAGACUGGGAAUUCGGUUGUGGAAUAUGGCUUGGUGGUCUGUUUAUUCAUUCGCAACUACUGUAACUUUCACUCACCAAGCAAACAAUGUGAAGACCCGGAUUUCCAGCACAGAGAGGGUAAUGUUUAGAUAUGCUGGUAUUGCAUUUCGUUAUCCAUUUGAACAGCAUGCCUGCCAAAUUCCG